UUCCGGCCUUUGUCGCGCGGCGGUCCUCCGCGGCGGUUGUCGAGGACUCGCAGGGGUGCGGUCCGGCCCGCUGGCCUCCUCCUCCCCCGGAUGCCGGGUGAGCUGCGGAGUCCGGCUGCGCCGUCCAAGCGGCCGGUGUGUGCGCGGCGCCCGGCCUGGGUGGGGGAGGCGGCCCGGACCCGCCCGUCGCCCCGCCGGCCUCCGCGGACGUCUUGCGGCCGCUGCCGGGGGCCGACUGAGGAGAGCAGGAGUCGCGCUGCGGUGCGCCGCGGCCUCUGGUGGUCCGCUCCGCCGACGGCGCGGCUCUGGCCUGCUCUCGACUCUCCUCUGUAGCAAUGCUUAAGGAGCCGUCGUUGUUCGGGCAGGCGUCGCGGAAGGCAUUCCGAGGACCAGCCCCUGUCGGGACCGGGAGCUCCGCGCCUUCCCCUGUGUAACGUGGGGAGGAGGUCAGCGCCGUCGCAGGGGAGCUGCCGCCCUCGGACGCGCCUCGGGGCUGCCGGGCUCCGCGCCAGCCUUGCAGCCCCACCGCAGGACGGUUCCCGCGCCGGAGCCGCCUCCGCUUGCGGACCUCGGUCGUCCUGGGCUUCUGAUUUUGGGAUUUCCAGAAGAAAAGAUCAAAGAGGAAUCAUCGAGAAUAGACUCUUUCUGAAGAGUUAAGCCUAAGAUGGCCACAGCCUUGGUCCUUCAGACUUUAGAGAUGCAGGAAGGACUUCAGGCAGUAAAGGUAGAAGAGAAAGAGGGGGAUUGUGGCUGUGGGCAGGAAUCUGGCCUGCUGAGAGAGAACCCUCACACCAGAGAGAUCUUUCGGAGACGCUUCCGGCAGUUCUGCUACCAGGAGACCCCUGGGCCCCGCGAGGCUCUUCGAAGACUCCGGGAGCUCUGCCAUCAGUGGCUGCGGCCCGAGACGCACAGCAAGGAGCAGAUCGUGGAGCUGCUGGUGCUGGAGCAGUUCCUGACCAUCCUGCCCGAGGAGCUGCAGGCCUGGGUGCGGGAGCACCGACCCGAGAGCGGGGAGCAGGCAGUGACUGCGCUGGAGGACCUGGAGAGGGAGCUGGACGAGCCAGGAGAGCUGGUGGAAGAUGGGAGCACAGAGGUCCCAAGCUAUGCUUGUGAACAGGGAGAGUUUGCAAAGGAGAAAGCAGCUCGGGGAGCAGCCCAGGAGUUGCCAGGGGGCCGGCUCCAGUCCUCGGAAGAGCUGCAUCAGUGCCGUGCACGCGAGCUGCGCCCGGUUCAGAUCGGUGGGGAGGCCGGGACUUGGAACGUGGAGGUAGGCCCAGCGAGGGAGCUUUCUACAGAGACGAGGCCUCUUGUGGAAGCCGCAGAGAAACGGAACGGUGAUGCUGUUGAGAUGCCUGAGUGCAGAGACCCCUGUGAGCGGGACGGCAGGCUGGAGAGGCAGCGGCCAAGCUCUUCCGUGGAGAGACCCUAUGUCUGUGGUGAAUGUGGGAAGAGCUUCACCCAGAAUUCCAUCCUUAUCGAGCACCAGAGGACGCACACGGGGGAGAAGCCGUACGAGUGCGAGGAGUGUGGGCGCGCCUUCGGCCAGCGCUCGGGCCUGUUCCAGCACCAGAGGCUCCACACCGGGGAGAAGCGCUACCAGUGCGGCAUCUGCGGGAAGGCCUUCAGCCAGAACGCCGGGCUCUUCCAUCACCUCCGGAUCCACACGGGAGAGAAGCCCUUCCAGUGCGGCCAGUGCAGCAAGAGCUUUAGCCGACGCUCUGUCCUUAUUAAGCAUCAGAGAAUUCACACCGGGGAGAGGCCUUACGAGUGUGAGGAGUGCGGCAAGAAUUUCAUUUACCACUGCAACCUCAUUCAGCAUCGCAAGGUCCACCCCGCGCCGGGGCUGGCCGGCCCCUUGGAGCAGGUGGCGCCGCGCAUCCUGCCUUCGGACCACUAGCACGGUCGCAGGGUAGGUUCUUACUUUGUCCCCGAACAAGGUAAUGGGAAAAACUAGUCUAAUCCUCUUGAGGAGGAAGCUCCAAGGAGAGCCAGUGAAAUUGUCCAUGUUUUUAUGCUGAGAGAAGCAUAAUAUCUGAAGUUCAUCUGUCAAGUUCUCUGGGGGUUUGGCAUCCCCUCUGUGCGAUACUGAAUCUUGUGUUGACUUUAUCCGUGUGGUCUCCAGCCUCACACCACCUGUGCAAAAAGUUUUCUACGUGUCUUUCAGGGAAACUUCUUCACCUCAGUUUUAAGAAACUUUUUAAAAAGUUUUUAAAAAUCAUACACUGCCUAAACACAAAAUUAUGUUAAAGCUGAGCUCACUGAGUAUUUAAAAAUUAAUUUAAAAAUAAUUGCAGUAAAACCUGUAAUGUAAACAAUUUGACUCUUUUCUGUUUUUGUAAGAUAUGAUAAUUUGCUUUUUGACCUACAACAGGGGGCAGAUGAAUUCUCCCAUAAAUACACAAAGGCUUUUCCCUACUGGAGAACUCUGCAGGGUUCCAGUAACUCAGCCUCCAGUUUGGAUCUGAGGAACUGAAGCAAGCUACUGUAGCUCAGUGGCUAGAUGCGGUAGAUACUGCUCAAGAUUUUAAAUUUGUCCAGGCCAAGAAACAUAGCUAAAAAUCGGAUAUCUCACUUCCAAUCUUUGUUAUGAAAAUAUGGGCCUCUCUGCACUUCUCCUGUGAAAAUGCUUAAAAGCAUUUUCAGUUUUUGCUUUCUUUCUUUAACCCUUCAUUAUGGAAAUUUUCAAACACAAAAGUAGAAAAGUAUGAACAGUCUUCAUGUUGCUUUUGUAAGUGCCUUGCUUCUCAGCAUUACCUGUUGAUUACCGCCAAGGUCAUGCAUAAAAAAAGUUUCUUUCCCUUAACAGUAAUUGAGUAUUUGCUUUAUACUAAGCCCAGCACACACAGAAAUGGAAAAUGUCUGGUGUUGACAAUCUGGAUCAGAGUACACAAUAGUAGAAAUCCCGUAAGGGACGUUAAGGAUCACUUCUCCAUCUCCUUCUGUAAUUGAUGCAGAAACGGAGGCUUUGGGAAGUAGCUGUAAGAUCCCACAGACAGCUAGUUAAUGGAGCUGGAGCUAGAACCCUGUCUUCUAAGUUCUCUUUCUGCUAAGCCACUGCAAGCAGUUUAUCUCCAAAUAGAAAUUAUUAGCAUAUGGAACUUAGAAGAUUUAGAAGGCUCUGAGGUUUUGCUUUUUAGCUUAACAGGGCCUCCCGUCUAUGUGCAGCUCGGAGCACCUGGGUGGCUUAGUGGGUUAAAGCCUCUGCCUUCGGCUCAGGUCAUGAUCCCAAGGUUCUGGGAUCAAGCCCCAUAUCAGGCUCUCUGCUUAGCAGGGAGCCUGCUUCCCCUUCCUUAUCUGCCUGCUGCUCUGCCUACUUGUGAUCUCUGUCAAAUAAAUAAAUAAAAUCUUAAAAAAUAUAUAUAUAUAUGUAAAAAAAUAAAAAUAAAUAAAUGCAUAGCUCCUCUGUUCAAUUUACAGUGGAGUUGCAGGAAAGACUCACCACUUAUCCCUCAUUUGGGGCAUCUCAUUUUAUUUUUAAGCAGUCUCUCCACCCAACGUGGGGCUCGAACUCACAACCCCAAGAUCAAGAGUUGCAUGCUCCACCAACAGAGCCAGCCAGGCAACCCGGUUAUUUUUAACCUUUAAAUUUUAAUUUACUUAGAGAGACUUCUCAAGAAAAAGAACUCACUCUUCAUUUGAUUCAAGUAUCAGAACAACAUUAAAAAGGGAGUCUAUCUUUUCCCUUAGAGGUAGCCAUUUUUCUAUUUCAUGUAUCUUCAGUGUUUCUUUAUGUAAAUACAAAAAACGUGAAUACAUGUCGCCUCAUUUCCUGUGUUACACAGAAAGAUGGCAUAGUGCUUACACUCUUCUGCACUUGGCUGUGUUCCUGAAACAGUGGGGUCUUUAGAGUAACAGAGCUUCCUCGUUCUGUUUACAGGUGGACGGUAUUUAAUUUGGUGGUGCUCCACAGUCUUUAACACUCUCCUGUAGGUGCACAGUCAGUACUUGAAAAGGUCAUAAAUUGUUUCAUUCUUCUUCCAAGCGUGGUUCAAGCCAAAUUCUGUUUAAAAUAAUAACUUCCGCAUGAGCUAGGAAACAGGGUUUGGGCAACUAGACUUGCGCCUCAUUCUUUCCCAGAGAAAUGCAGAGUGCUGGGGGUGGUUUACAGUCUUGUGUAUUUGGCUCUAUUAUACAUCCUUAGUCAUAACAUUUCAAACCGUUUCCAUUACCAUUUGUGGCUAAUUGUAGGUCUUAUCAAAACUCUUAAAUUUUCUCAAGAGUGUAUUGUCUUGAGGUUAAAUUAUUUCCAAAAGAAAUACAUACGGAUUUUCAAGUGAAGUUAAGGAAAAUAUAGUAGACUUGAGUUUGAAAUAGAAUCAACUUCUCCAGUAAAUAUGUAUUCCACAUAGUAAUAUAAUACAUAUGCUGUUAUAACCUGAGCCCAUAAGUGUCUCAGACGCCUCUGCAUGUGCCGAAGCAGCAUGCUUGUAUAAUUCUGUUAUGUUGGCGCUUGGAAGAUCUAAAAUGCAAACAGAUCAGGAUUUUAAAGGAUGUAUUUCUAAUGGACUGGUUUCACACCUGCAGCUGAAGAUAGGAUGUUUGUUUUGUGCUUGUCUUUUUUUGUUUUGUUUUGUUCACAGCUUCUCAGAAAUUCUAAAUUUUCUCAGCAACUGAUGAAAUGCCAAGGAACAGAAGAUGUUAUAUAUGCUGUAGAGACAUAUGCCACUUAGAGUGCAGUGAUGGUUCACUUGAUUAAACGACCUCCAGUUCACCAGA